GACGCAAAUGCAGUACCGGUGUCAAUGAAACGAAGUCUUGGUUUCAUUUCCUUCUGAAUCACAAUUUCAUUUCCUGGAGUGGUGAUGCUUUCACUUUCUUCAAGCUCAUGACAAAAAGCUUCUUCCUGUGAAGUAAAUGGGUUUAAUUUAGUUCAUGAAGAUGAGCUUAAUUAAAAAAAAUUGACGCCAACGCAGCCGCAUGUAGCUGCGUCAACCAAACGAACAGCACUUAAGUAAAUUACUUGUAAUUAUAGUUGAAUUCAGUAUAUAAAUCAUCAAUUAUUUUUCAGUUAUAUAUAUAUAAGUUGGUACUUUUCUUUUCUUUUAUACGUUUUUCCUAUUCAUGAUUUAGAUAAUGUGAAAAAAUGAAUCGACUUAAAUUUGUUUUUAAAUUUAGUUAAAUAAAAUAACAAUUCAAAAUUGAUUAAGUAAAUUACUUGUAAUUACAGUUGAAUUCAGUAUAUAAAUCAUCAAUUAUUUUUCAUUCAUAUAUAUAUAUAUAUAUAUAUGUUUUAAUAUGUUGGUACUUUUCUUUUAUACGUUUUAAACAUAUACAUGGUUUAGAUAAUAUAAAAAAUGAGUCGAUUUAAAAUUUGUUUUUAAAUUUAGUUAAAUAAAAUAACAAUUGAAAAUUGAUUAUUUAAAAAUAUAUACAUUUUAUUAUUACUUUUAUCAAACUAACCAUAUCAUCCAAACUGAUUUAGAUUAUUAAACAAAUAUUGUUUUUAUUUUUUAGAGUAUAACUGGUUAUUUCAUUUUUAUUUGAUUACCUUUUCAAUAUAUUUUUUCACUUUGGUUUUAUAUAUAUAAGAUUAUUUUAUUAUUUCCUUAAAAAAUUUACCAUAAUUUUUAUUAGUAAACUUUUUUUUAUUAAAGGUUGUUGUUUUAUUUUCAUAAUAUUAUAUUUCAAUAGAUAUAUUGCGUACUGCAUUUUUAGAUUAAGUAACACUGAUUCACUGAAUACCUAUGGUAAAUAGGAUUUUGUAAAAGUAUAUUAUUAUGAAAUUAAUUAUCUAUUAUAGUCUAUUAGUAUAAUGGGGAAUUGCCACUAAUACCACUUUCCUAAUACCACUUUUCAACUUUACACUUUUCAAAUUUACCUUUAAAAUUUUAGUAGGUAAAGUACCAUUAUACCCUUAUUUAAUCAAACAUAAACAUAAGUCUUCUCCCACAAGAAAUUGAAAAUUCAAAAACCCCUAAUCGAGAGAUUGAUUCCGGCGAUCGAGAGAUUCCAACGAGAGAUCGAUUCCGGCGAGAGAGAUCGAUUCCUUCGAGAGAGAUCGAUUCCGGCGAGAGAGAUCGAUUCCGGCGAGAGAGAUUCGAUCCGUCGAGAGAGUUUCGACGACUUCAGCCAUUUUCACCGGCGAGAUUUGAUUAUUCAGGCGACAUUGACGUCCGACGAGAUUUGGCGUAGACUACAAGCUCAAUCGAAUCAAUCUCUCUUCACGAACGUAACAAAGUUAUGGUGUUCGAAAUUUGUUCUAUAUGUGGAGAAUGGAAACUAAUAAAUGGAAUUCACUGGGAUUUCAUAGUGGAUGAUCAACGAGGAUCCUCUCUUAGUAUGAUUCAUGAAGAUAUCAGCUACAAUGAUUUGAUUGUGGCUGUUUUAGAAGAUUUUGGAAUUGAUGGCAACAGAAACAGUGUAAAUCUUAGCUAUGCCUCACCUUCAAAAUUAAACUUUGGUACAAAAGAGCUUCCUCCAGCAUUUAUUAGGAAUGAUCGUCAAGUAACAUCUUAUCUGAGCAAACUUAAGGAGAAUGGAGACCUUCAUCUAUGUGUAACCAUUAAGAGAAGAACUCAAUUAUCACCAAUGAUUAUGUCAAAUAUGAUCCAGCCACGGGGUGGAAAUAGUAAUCAUGAUUUGCCUAUUGCUGGAACUAGUAAUCCGCGUGAGACAGGAACACAAAAAUCACCAUUGAUUAUGUCAAACAUGAUUCAGACACAAGAUGAAAUUUCUAGUACUCAUGAUUCGCCUAUUGCUGGAAGUAGUAAUGUAUUUGAGAGAGGAACAAAAACACACGCGGAGACUGAAUGGAACAGCAUUCAGAGAGUUGACGAAGUCUCUGGUAUACAACAUACUUGUAUUAGCGACAGUCUUAUUUCUCCUUCAAGUGGUCUUGUUAGCAAUAAGAGAGGAUUGGACUCGAUUGGACUUGCUGUAUAUGGGUCUGGAAAGUCAAAAUUGCCAUCUUUCUCCAGUAGACGUGGUAGAGAAAGCAUGGGAGAAGAUAUCUUGUCUCCCAGUUGUGGUGAUGAUGAUGAUUUGUUCUGCGGGAAGUUUUUCAAGGAUAAAAAGGAAAUGAGCACAAAGUUGAGGUUGCAUGCAGUUAGUAAAAGCUUUGAGUUCCACACAGAAUAUUCAGACAAAACACGUUAUGUUCUUAGUUGUGUGGAUGAAAGAUGCAGUUGGAGUUUUCGUGCAAAAUCAGUUAAAGGAUCUCAGAGUUUUUUUGUUCGUCAUUAUGUAUCUAAACAUACUUGUGACACUUCUCUGAGAACUGUUAGUCAUCGGCAAGCUACUGCAAAAUUGUUGGGAACUAUGGUCAGCAAUCAUUAUGAAGGAGGAAAGAUUGGGCUGAAACCUAAACAGAUCAUGGAAAAAGCUAGAAAUGAUCAUGGUGUUGUGAUUACAUAUUCAAAGGCUUGGAGGUCUCAAGAGCACGGCCAAGAUAUAGCUAGGGGUACUCCUGAUGACAGUUAUGAAGCUUUGCCCAGUUGGUUUCACAUGAUAAAAGAAAAGAAUCCAGGUUCUGUGACUUUUAUCGAAGUUGAUGCUGUUGGGAAAUUCAAAUACGCAUUUUUGUCGCUUGGUCCAUCUAUCAGAGGGUUUAAGUUGAUGAGGAAGGUACUUUCUGUUGAUGGUGCCCAUCUGAAAUCAAAGUAUAAAGGGACUCUACUUGCUGCCACAGCACAAGAUGGUAAUUUUCACUUGUAUCCUAUAGCUUUUGCUAUAGUUGAUUCUGAGAAUGAAGCCUCAUGGAGUUGGUUUAUGAAAUGUCUGAAAACCAUCAUUCCUGAUGAAGAGGAUUUGGUUUUUGUCUCUGAUCGUGCGGCCUCUAUUGAAAAAGCUCUUUUACAACAUUAUCCUGUUGCUCACCAUGGAAUCUGCAUCUUUCACUUUCAAAAGAAUGUCCAGGACAAUUUCAAAAGUUCAACACUUGUCCCUUUGGUUGUUGAAGCUGGUUAUGCCUACACCAAAGCUGAUUUCGAUUGCUAUUUUCAAGAGAUUGAGGAGUCCGACAUUGUAUUAGCAGAUUAUCUUCGUAAAGCAGACUUCAGGAAGUGGACCCGAGCUUAUUCUCCUGCUAAUCGCUUCAACAUCAUGACGUCAAACUUGGCCGAAUCUAUAAAUUCUUUGCUGAAAGUGAGUCGUGAGUAUCCAAUUGUCUGUCUUUUUGACACUAUUAGGAUGAUAAUGACUAAGUGGUUCACUGAACGACGUGAGGAAGGAGUUCGUCACAUGCACCCUGUCACUGUCGAAGUGGGGAACAAGAUGAAGGAGCUAUAUGAUUUUACGUCUCGCUUCCUUGAAGUUUCCAAAAUCAAUGAUUCAGAGUUUGAGGUUAAGGGAGAUACAAGAGAUCAAGUGGUGAAUUUUCAAACAAGGCAUUGUUCAUGUUUUGUGUUUGAUAUUGAGAAGUUUCCUUGUGCUCAUGCAAUUGCCGCUGCAAAAUCUGGGAAUAAGCACGAAAAUGAUUAUGUCGAUGAGUUUUUCUCCAAUGAAAGGUUUACACUAGCAUAUUCAGAGAGUGUAUAUCCUGUUGGUGAUAAAACAUAUUGGGAUAUUCCUCCCCAUGUAGCUUCGUUUGUUUGUCGCCCUCCAUCUACACGCUUUCCUAGUGGGAGGAGGAAAAAAAAGAGGAUACCAAGUUCGUGGGAGUAUGGAAAAUAUCGGCCCAUAUCUAAACCAUCACCCAAGGCUUACAAAUGCAGCAGAUGUGGACAGAAAGGACACAACAAAGGUAGUUGUGUAAGGCCUAUUUGAUAACAGAGUAGUAUAAAAACUUGUGUGCAAUUGAUUAUUUUAUAUGAUGUUAUAAGAGAGAAUUGGAAUCGAAUAGAUUUUGGGGAACCUUUUACUAUUACAUUUUAUCGUUUUAUAAUGAUUUAUAAAGUUUACAGGUGUCUAAUAGAAGUUAUGUUCCUUUUAUUUUUACAUCUAUCAUUUUAUAAUGCUUUAUAAAUUUUGCAGGUGUCUAAUAGAAGUUAUGUUAUUUAUUAUACGAAAUGUGUGGUUACAUAAACUACCCUUUAUAAAUCAUUAGGAUUCAGAUUAAUUGUAGAAAUUAUAUGUUCGUUUGAUAUCUUAGCUUACUUGCAUGAACAUAAAUAAAAUAUGUUUCCUUAGCAAAGGUUUAAGGUACAAACCAAAAUAUAUUUUCCUCAUCAUGAAGGAUUAAGGGACAAGCCAAAAGAUGUUCCUCAUUGAAGACAUCAUCAAAAGAUAACACACUAAAACUGAAAAAGUUCCAUAGAUAUUUGUUAAAAGUACUAAAAAACUGAAAGAGCUUCAUUUCUUCAAAUUCGCGAUGCUUCUAAUCGGCAUUUUUAAGAUCUUCCAAAACACUUCCUAUCACAUCAUCAGCUGAAUCUUUCUCAAAUUGUUUCUUUUGUUUUUUCGAUUUGGGGGUGCCAACAUUGUGUUCCUUUAUAAGCAUAACAAUUAAGAAAAUCAGAAAUGAUAAUUGGAUGUAGUCAAUGAAAUUUGAAAGAAUAUUUUAUAAACCAUUAUACAUAGA